CCUUACAUGUGCAACAAUGAAUGUGAUGCUGCCACAGAGGAGUUGGCUCAUCCUCCGGGGUUAAUGUUUGACUUUGAAGGGAGAAACCCUACGACUUUUUGGCAGUCAUCAUCAUGGAAGAAAUAUCCAAAGCCUCUGCAGGUCAACAUCACAUUAUCAUGGAACAAGACAGUUGAACUCACCGAUGACAUUGUUAUUACUUUUGAAUCGGGACGACCGGAGCAGAUGGUCCUGGAAAAGUCCCUCGACUAUGGCCGAACCUGGACACCUUACCAAUUCUAUGCCACUGACUGCCUUGAUGCUUUUACUAUGGAACCCAAGACAGUGAAUGAUCUCACCCAACUCACUCUGCUGGACAUCAUUUGCACCGAGGACUAUUCCCGAGGCUAUGUGUGGAAAAAUGACAAAACAGUACGUUUUGAAAUAAAGGACCGCUUCGCUCUCUUUGCUGGACCUCGACUACACAACAUGGCCUCGCUAUACGGCCAGCUGGAUACCACUAAGAAUCUGAGGGAUUUCUUCACGAUCACUGAUCUGAGGAUUAGGCUACUGAAGCCGGCAACUGGAGCCACCAUGGUGGAUGAGAAUAAUCUAUCCAGAUACUUCUACGCCAUCUCGGACAUUAAAGUACACGGCAGGUGCAAGUGCAACCUGCAUGCCAACAGCUGUGUGUUUGACAAGGGGAAGCUGGGCUGCGAGUGUGAGCACAACACCACAGGACCAGACUGCAGCCGCUGUAAGAGGCACUACCACGGAAGAGCCUGGAGUGUUGGCUCCUACCUCCCCAUACCCAAAGGAACCGCUAAUAUAUGCAUUCCCAGUAAUCAUGGACCAGUGCCUCGGGUGUGCGACAACGCGAUGCUGCGCUGUCAGAAUGGCGGCACGUGCCACCACCAUCAGCGGUGCCACUGUGCCCCCGGCUUCACAGGCGUCCUGUGCGAGAGAGCUCGCUGCCAGGGUCCCGGAGAGUGUGAUGACCAGCUGUCUGGACGGGCAGGGCUCCAUCAUCGCCCCAUAGGCCACCGGCUUUUUCUUUCUCUUGUAGCGAUCGCGCUUUCAAUUGUUUCGCUUUGCUGAGAGUCCCAGAACCAAAUCCUCAACUGAAACCACAAAUGCUGAGACUGAACUUUCAACCUU